GCAUUUUUUUGGUCCUACCACGAUAAUUAUAAAUUAUACGCGUGACAUAUAAAUAAUUGCAGCAUAUUGCAGUAAUAUUACGAUUCAUUCGUGUAUCUGGAAUACGAAAUCCUUCUGCAAGGGAUAAAAAUCAGCAAAGGUAGUUGCCAAAGAUAGUUGCUGUAAUAGUUAACAAAUCGACUUGAUGAUUUGUUUCGCAAAUUGGUGUCCGGACCAAUUGACUAAUUACCAUGCAGCCACUACCGGUCAUCAAGCGAGAAGACGUAACAAUGCGACACACAAACUUAAAGCAUGCUUGGCAAACUUUAAAUAAACUUAUUCUACAUUCUAUGUUUACGCGCGACUUUAAUAAGCCGGUCGUGUAUACGUAUGCACAUACUCAUUCGUAUUAAAAGACACCAUUUUUGUGUAUUUUGCAUACUUUGAUGAUUGAGGGUAGAUAGGGUAGAUGAAUUGAAUUAUUAUAAUAUGUACUUUUGAUAAUAGGUUGUGAAGAGGGAAGAGGAAAAAAUAUACAGGAAAGUGGUCCAAAGUUCUAGAUCUAUCUUGAUCUAUUCGCUUACGUCAUUUGAAGUGCGACGCUUCGACUGAACGUUUGCAUUAUUGUGAAAUUAUUACAAGUAUCGUCAGAAUGAAAAUAAAUUAUUCAUAUCAUGUAAAUCUCAUCUAUGCUAAUGGUAUCUUUUUCAUUUUCAGAAAGAUGAAAUCAACAAGCUGCAUAAUGCAUCUGCAGCAUCCGUUGCGCUUCCGUUGUGGUUUGAAAUCGUGCUCUUCAUUCGUAUCUUUGAGAACAACAUCAUAAGUGAUUUCAAUAUGAUUGAUAGGAUGUAUUUAUUAAAGAACUGAGAAUAGAAAUGACCGAAAACCGUUUGAUGAUUCUCUAACUAUUUACGUUAAAGAUAUAAAUAAAAUGUUUGGCCGGUUCGGUGAUUUGAAUAUUUAUCAAUUGUUGAAUUCGAGUUUAUGUGAACUGUUCGAAUUGUGGUAGCCGGAUGAUUGUUGUCUACUUUUAAGAAUGGCGGUUCCCUCGGCAUCGCUUUCGACGAGAAAUAAAAAGCAUUUUCUUGGGGUCCCAGCACCUUUGGGCUACGUAGCUGGUGUAGGACGAGGUGCUACAGGAUUCACUACUCGUUCUGAUAUCGGUCCAGCUCGUGAUGCUAACGAUGUGUCGGAUGACAGACACGCUCCUCCUACAAAACGAGCUAAAAAAAAGGAAGAGGAGGAAGAAGAUGAAGAGGAUCUCAAUGAUUCCAAUUACGAUGAGUUCUCUGGGUAUGGAGGAUCACUAUUUAGCAAGGAUCCUUAUGACAAAGAUGAUGAGGAAGCAGAUGCAAUUUAUGAAGCUAUCGACAAACGAAUGGAUGAAAAGCGGAAAGAAUAUCGAGAAAAGCGUCUCAGAGAAGAGCUUGAGCGUUAUCGCCAGGAGCGACCCAAGAUUCAACAACAAUUUUCAGAUUUAAAACGUGAACUGGUAAAUGUAUCUGAAGAUGAAUGGAAAAAUGUACCUGAAGUUGGUGAUGCUCGUAAUCGGAAACAACGGAAUCCAAGAGCCGAAAAAUUUACGCCUCUGCCAGAUUCUGUACUGGCGAGAAACUUAGGUGGAGAUACCACUACCAGUAUUGAUCCAACUAGCGGAUUGGCAUCAAUGAUGCCUGGUAUGGCUACACCAGGAAUGUUAACACCAACUGGCGAUUUAGAUUUGAGGAAAAUCGGACAGGCUAGAAACACCCUGAUGAAUGUUAAACUCAAUCAAGUCUCAGAUUCUGUUGAAGGACAAACAGUCGUGGAUCCCACUGGAUAUUUAACGGAUCUACAAAGUAUGAUUCCAACUUACGGUGGUGAUAUAAACGACAUUAAAAAGGCUAGAUUGCUUUUAAAAUCGGUUCGCGAAACGAAUCCCAAUCAUCCACCAGCUUGGAUAGCAUCUGCUCGUUUGGAAGAAGUUACAGGAAAAGUUCAAGCGGCACGAAAUCUGAUUAUGAAAGGAUGCGAGGUAAAUCCAACAUCUGAAGACUUAUGGCUCGAAGCAGCUAGACUUCAACCUCCGGAAACUGCAAAGGCUGUUAUAGCCCAGUCUGUACGUCAUAUUCCAACAUCUGUAAGAAUUUGGAUAAAAGCUGCUGACUUGGAAACAGAGAUAAAAGCUAAAAGACGAGUAUAUCGCAAAGCCUUGGAACAUAUUCCCAACUCUGUGCGACUUUGGAAAUCAGCUGUUGAGCUUGAAGAACCAGAAGAUGCUCGAAUCUUGUUAAGUCGAGCUGUUGAAUGUUGUCCGACGAGCGUUGACUUGUGGCUUGCGUUAGCGCGUUUAGAAACUUAUGAUAACGCAAGAAAAGUUCUCAACAAAGCCAGAGAGAAUAUUCCAACUGAUAGACAAAUUUGGACAACUGCUGCUAAACUGGAAGAAGCUAAUGGAAAUAAACACAUGGUAGAAAAGAUCAUUGAUCGAGCCAUCAGUUCACUGAAUGUUAACGGAGUAGAAAUUAACAGAGAACACUGGUUCAAAGAAGCGAUGGAAGCUGAAAAAGCGGGAGCGGUUCAUUGUUGUCAAGUUAUAGUUAAAUCUAUUAUCGGAUUUGGAGUUGAGGAGGAAGAUAGAAAGCAUACUUGGAUGGAAGAUGCUGAAACGUGUGCACAACAAGGAGCUUUGGAGUGUGCAAGAGCAGUAUAUGCCUAUGCGCUAGCAACAUUCCCUAGCAAAAAAUCAAUAUGGCUACGUGCAGCAUAUUUCGAGAAGAGUUACGGAACACGAGAGUCCUUAGAAGCGUUACUUCAAAGAGCAGUAGCUCACUGUCCAAAAAGCGAAGUUCUGUGGCUCAUGGGUGCCAAGUCGAAAUGGCUGGCUGGUGAUGUGCCAGCAGCACGAGGUAUUUUGUCUCUUGCGUUUCAAGCCAAUCCAAACUCGGAAGAAAUUUGGUUGGCUGCUGUUAAACUUGAAUCAGAAAACUCAGAAUACGAACGAGCCAGGAGAUUAUUGGCAAAAGCCAGAGCAUCAGCUCCGACACCUAGAGUUAUGAUGAAGAGUGCUAAGCUAGAAUGGGCUCUCAAUAAUUUAGAAGCUGCUCUCCAUCUUCUUGAGGAAGCUAUAGAAACUUUUGAAGAUUUUCCAAAGCUUUGGCUCAUGAAGGCUCAAAUUGAAGAACAACAAGGCAAUUUAGACAAGGCUCUGGAAACUUAUAAUCAAGCUAUAAAAAAAUGCCAUAAUUCUGUACCACUUUGGUGUUUACUCGCCCAACUUGAGCAACGUAAAGGUCAAGUAACCAAAGCACGUUCUGUAUUAGAAAAAGCACGACUCCGAAAUCCUAAAAAUGCGUCCCUUUGGCUAGAAGCUAUCAGAAAUGAAUUGAAAAGUGGAGGUGUGCGGGACAUGGCUAAUACAUUGAUGGCCAAAGCUUUACAGGAAUGCCCAACGUCUGGACUACUGUGGGCUGAAGCAAUUUUUAUGGAAGCUCGACCUCAGCGCAAAACAAAGAGCGUGGAUGCUUUGAAAAAAUGCGAACAUGAUCCUCAUGUUCUCCUAGCUGUUUCAAAACUUUUUUGGUGCGAGCACAAGAUAUCAAAAUGUCGAGAUUGGUUCAAUCGUACAGUCAAGAUAGACCCAGACCUAGGAGAUGCAUGGGCUUAUUUUUACAAAUUCGAACUUUUGAAUGGGACUGAGGAACAACAAGAAGAUGUCAAAAAGCGAUGUGUUGCAGCAGAACCACACCAUGGUGAGAAUUGGUGUAGAGUAUCAAAGAACAUUGUAAACUGGUGUUUAAAUACUGAUCAAAUAUUGACCCUGGUUUCUAAAGACCUCCCAAUUCCCAUUUAGAAUAUACCGUCAAUAUUUUAUCGAUAAACCUAUAGCUUUUAAGUAUAUUAUAAAAUAAGAAUACUAAAAUUCCA